AUGGCAAAUCUUAACCAAAUUAAUUGCGGUGGUCUCCCGGAUGAAAUCGAGGUGGACGACCAUUUCGAGAUCUAUACCAGAACAUCAAGCGAAAGUCAUGGGAAUACCUGGCACGGUACAACAGCACUCGUUACGUCCGUAGCGAGCGCCAAUAUCACGCGGAACGAGUUCAACACGCAUAACAUCGCUGUCUUAUCUUUGAGCAUUCCUCCAGGUGGAAGCCUGCAAUUGAAGAUACGACACAAAUAUACUACAGUCAACACCGCUCGUGUGCGCCCUGCUUCGCUCGGAGUAAAUACAAAGAUCGAUGACGGGUACAUCCAUUUCACUGUCGAUCGAGCCAUUGAUGCAAUGCUCGAGAUCAAUGGGAACAAGUGGCAAGCGUUACAUCUGCUUGUGAAUGGAAUCAACGUCCAUGAGCCUCACUGCGACGGUACGGGGCUGUGGUACUUUGGACCUGGCAUCAAUAACGGUCGUGCUUGGGAAAACGUCGUUGAUGGGCAGUUGAUUGUACCAUCAGAUACAACGAUAUAUCUGGCAAGCGGCGCAUUCUUGACUGCGCAAGUAGUUUUCUCGAACGUGAAGAACUCCAGCAUCCGAGGGCUGGGAUAUAUUUCAAGACCGGGAAGCGCGUACGUGGCUUCGGCAUCUGGAAGACCGAGGGAACUCGACGGCGGAGCUAUUCUGAUCGAGCGAUCGAAGAAUAUUCUAGUGGAAGGAGUGACGUCUCUCCGCUCCUUUGGUUUCAGUCUUCCUAUUGUCGAAGGUGAGGACGUCCAUAUCAAUCGGUACCGCUCGUUCUCAGGCCAUGGCAAUGGCGACGGCGUGGAUCUCUUCUGUUGUCAAAAUGUCCUCAUCGAAAACUGUUUCCUGCGCAACUCUGACGACACAAUCGCUAUCUAUGGCCAUCGCUGGGAGUACUAUGGCGAUACGAAAGAUAUCGUCAUCCGUAAUUGUACGCUGCUACCAGACAUUGCGCAUCCUGUACAAAUAGGCACUCAUGGAAACCCCCAAAAGCCUGAAACGUUUAGCAAUAUUCUGAUAAGCAACGUCGACAUCUUGGAUCAUUGCGAAUAUCAAUUGUGGUAUCAAGGAUGCAUUUCCAUCAAUGCGGCUGACGAGAACCUCAUUCAGGACGUUCUUAUCGAAGACGUUCGCGUGGAGAAAAUUACCAAAGGCCAGCUUUUCAACAUUCGAGUCAUGAAGAAUGCAAUGUGGACAACAGCACCCGGCAGAGGCGUGAAGAAUGUAACUCUUCGCAACAUUGUGCUUGAUCAAGAAGGGUCAAAGACUGCCAAUCCAUCGCAGAUCUUGGGUUAUGAUGCUAGAAGAAAAGUUGAGAACGUCAAGAUUGAGAAUCUGAAGAUUGGUGGCCAGUAUGUUCAUGAUGAUAUGGCCAAGCCGAAGUGGUACAUGGUGACAGACUUUGUACCACUGUUUGCGAACGAGCAUGUAGAGGACGUUGUCUUUAAAUUAGUUGACCGGGAUUGA